AUGGCGGCGGCGCGGCGGGUGCGGGCGCUGCUGGCGGCGAACCUGCUGGCGCUCGCGGGGCUCGUGCUCUUCGCCGCGCUCUGCCGCCGCGGGGGCCGCCCGGGGCCGGGGCCGGGGCGGGGGGCCGGGGCGGGGGCCGCGGACCGCGAGGCCAUCCUGCGGCGCCUGGACCACCUGGAGGAGGCGGUGUUCCGCCAGCUCAACGGCCUCGCCAGGCCCAUGGGGCUGGUGGAGGGCCCGGGCGGCCUGGGCCAGGGCGGGGCGGCGGCCACGCUGCAGGGCGACGGCCAGGAGGCCGCAGGCAGCUUCGAGGAGUUCGGCUACAACGCACAGCUGAGCGACCGCAUCUCCCUGGACAGGACCGUCCCCGACUACCGGCCCAAACGGUGCCGGCAGCUGAGCUACGCCCACGACCUGCCCCAGCUCUCCGUGGUGUUCAUCUUCGUCAACGAGGCGCUGUCCGUGCUGCUGCGCUCGGUGCACAGCGUGGUCAACCACACGCCCUCGCCGCUGCUCAAGGAGGUCAUCCUGGUGGACGACAACAGCGACAACGCGGAGCUCAAGGCCAGCCUGGACCAGUACGUGCACAGGCGGUACCCGGGGCUGGUGAAGGUCGUCCGGAACAGCCGGCGCGAGGGCCUGAUCCGGGCGCGGCUGCAGGGCUGGAGGGUGGCCACUGCGCCUGUCGUCGGCUUCUUCGACGCCCACGUGGAGUUCAGCGCCGGCUGGGCCGAACCGGCGCUGACCCGGAUCCGGGAGGACCGCCGCCGCAUCGUGCUGCCCGCCAUCGACAACAUCCGCUUCGACACGUUCGAGGUGCAGCAGUACGCCAGCGCCGCCCACGGCUACAACUGGGGGCUGUGGUGCAUGUACAUCAUCCCGCCCCAGGACUGGCUGGACCGCGGGGACGAGGCCGCGCCCAUCCGGACCCCCGCCAUGAUCGGCUGCUCCUUCGUGGUGGACCGGGAGUACUUUGGGGACAUUGGCCUGCUGGACCCGGGCAUGGAGGUGUACGGCGGCGAGAACAUCGAGCUGGGCAUGAGGGUGUGGCAGUGCGGCGGCAGCAUGGAGGUGCUGCCCUGCUCGCGCGUGGCGCACAUCGAGCGCACCCGGAAGCCCUACAACAACGACAUCGACUACUACGCCAAGCGCAACGCGCUGCGCGCGGCCGAGGUGUGGAUGGACGGCUUCAAGUCGCACGUGUACAUGGCCUGGAACCUGCCCAUGACCAACCCGGGCGUGGACUUCGGGGACGUGUCGGAGCGGCUGGCCCUGCGCCGGAGGCUGAAGUGCCGGAGCUUCCAGUGGUACCUGGAGAACGUGUACCCCGAGAUGCGGACCUACAACAACACCCUCACGUACGGAGAGGUGAGAAACAGCAAAGCCAGCGGCUACUGCUUGGACCAGGGAGCGGAGGACGAUGACCGAGCCAUCCUCUACCCCUGCCACGGGAUGUCCUCCCAGCUCGUGCGCUACAGCACGGAGGGCCUGCUGCAGCUCGGCCCCCUCGGCUCCACCGCCUUCCUGCCCGACUCCAAGUGCCUGGUGGACGACGGCAGGGCCCGCACGCCGGCCCUCAGGAAGUGCGAGGAGGUGGCCCGGCCCGCCCAGCGGCUAUGGGACUUCACCCAGGGCGGCCCCAUCGUGAGCCGGGACACGGGCCGGUGUCUGGAGGUGGAGAUGUCCAAGGACGCCAACUUCGGGCUGCGGCUGGUGCUGCAGCGGUGCUCCGGGCAGAAGUGGGCGAUCCGCAACUGGGUCAAGCACGGCCGGCACUGA